CCUAAACCUAAAACUAGUAAAAAAUUAAUAAGACAGACCCGCAAAAUGUGCAAACCUCACAGACACCGUAUGUUUGCUACAGGACCUUCUACAGGUACCUAUUGCCGAUGAUGGUGGAGGAGGGAACAGUGAGGAGGACAGGGAGAAAGAUGAGGGCGAGAGGUGGAGGAAGAGUACAACCUCCGGUUGAGUUAGCAUCCCCAGAGGAGGAGUGUGUCAAGGAGAGCGAGGAGAGUAAGGAGCAAGAGGACAUAGAUUACGCUGCACGCCCUAAGCCUUCAUCCAAGGAGUUCACCCUCCUCCUUUUUUGACUUGGAUGCCAUCGCUUGACUUAGGAUUCAUCGCAGUGAAUUCAUCACGGUGGAAUACACAAUUUAGCAACGCCACUUUCUGAAGGAGCUGCACAGUACCCAGUGGUCAGUCAGAACUUGGUGACAGACAAUGUGUCUGUGGUGGAGGGAGAGAUGGCGAUCAUCAGCUGUCGGGUGAAGAACAACGACGACUCUGUUAUCCAGCUGCUUAACCCCAACAGGCAGACAAUUUACUUCAGAGACAUGAGGCCACUGAAAGACGCUCGCUUUCAGCUGGUGAACUUCUCAGACAAUGAGCUGCGGGUGUCGCUGUCUAAUGUCUCGCUGUCAGACGAGGGUCGAUAUGUUUGCCAGCUCUACACAGACCCCCCGCAGGAAGCCUACGCUGACAUCACUGUGCUAAUUCCUCCAGGUAACCCCAUCAUUGAGGCCCGGGAUGAGGUCCUGAGUGAGGGCAAUGAGACAGAGAUGACCUGCACCGCCAUGAGCAGCAAGCCCGCCGCCACACUCAGAUGGAUGAAGGGAGAUAAGGAGCUCCCAGGCAAGCCCAAGGUUGAGCUGACCUACGACAAGAUGUACACAGUAACCAGCCGCCUGACAUUCACCGUGAGUAAGGAGGAUGACGGGGUACCUGUGGUUUGCAUCGUAGACCACCCUGCAGUCAAGGACUUCCAAGCACAGAAAUACCUGGAGGUGCAGUACAAACCGGAGGUAAAGAUUGUGGUGGAAUUUCCUCAGGGUCUGACCAGGGAAGGAGAGAACCUGGAACUGACGUGUCAGGCCAAAGGCAAACCCCAGCCUCAACGGGUGAAUUGGGUGAAGGUGGACGAUGAUGUGCCGUCCCAUGCCGUCAUUACUGGUGGUGAUCUCUACAUUGAAAACCUAAACAAGUCCUACAACGGAACCUACCGCUGCGUGGCAUCCAAUUCAGUGGGGGAGUCUUAUGAUGACUACAUCCUCUAUGUCUAUGAUGCUCCCACCACCACCCCUAUACCCACCACAGCCACCACCACCACCACCAUCAUCACCACCACCAUCUCCUACCCCGAAGCCAAUCAAGACACUGCGCCCAGCACUGAACCUGCAGCUCAUGAUUCUCGAGCCGGAGAAGGAGCGCCCAGAACGGUGGAUCAUGCAGUGAUUGGAGGAGUGGUGGCUGUGGUCGUCUUUGCCAUGCUCUGUCUACUCAUCGUCCUGGGGCGCUACUUUGCAAGACACAAAGGUACCUACUUCACACACGAAGCCAAAGGAGCAGACGAUGCAGCGGACGCAGACACAGCCAUCAUCAACGCAGAGGGUGGCCACACCAACUCGGACGAAAAGAAAGAGUACUACAUCUAAUCAAAACAGGACCCCUCACUCUAGUGUCCUCUUUGGGACACCGAGCUGGUUUUGGGGCCAGGGGAAGGGGGAGAGGGGGGGUUGAUAGAAGGAUUGAAGGUUCAGGAUCACUUAUAGUGAGAGUAGAGGGGUCAAGGAGGAGAAGAGAAAUGGGUUUUUAAAGAAAGGCCUGGUUUUAAGCCGUUGUUUAGUCUAGUCUGCAGAUGUAGAUGGAAUGUUUUGUGUGUAAAAAAAAAAAAUUCAAAAAAGGAGAAAAAAAUGGGAGGGUUCGGGUUUUCGGUAAGACGGGGAUGGGUUCGGGGUGGGAGGGUUACGCCAGAUGUUGCCAGAAAUCACUGUAGAGAGCUUCACCAUUCAACACCUCCCUAACUGCUGGUACGAAUUUUAUUUAGUUCAACCAUUUGCAGAAAAUUCUGUGCCUUGUUCUGAAUUUUUUUGUUCUAUCCAUACUUUGGAUUUGUGUUGAUCCUCAUUUGCAUAACCUCGUUGCUCCCCCUUUUCCCCCUUUCAUCUUUCUCACUUGUAAUUAUCAAUGUGCUGUUGGCUUUUGUAUGAGGGUAAAAUUACACAGCCACUUUAUUCAUUUUCCUAAAUGUAUCUGCACACACGCAUCCUCUACAUAACAAAAAACACUCUCCAGUAUACUGUGAUUUGUCUGAAGCCAUUACUUCCCUCUCUUCUCUUUUUUCCCCUAAAGUUUUGACGGCUCCAAAAAUGCAUGGAAUGCUUUACAUAUCAUUGUACAAAGGACAUAAAUGAGAAACAGGUUGGAGAUACUGUUUAUCCCCUCCCUGCCCCCUCCUAAACACAAACACAUUUCAAAACAUAAUCAAAAUGAAGGCAGUAAAGGAUAAUAUGAAAUGAUCUCCCCGUUUUAUUGGACCAAGUCAGCUCCUAAAUUUGUUUUUAGCAACCUUAUUUUGUUCUUCAGAGCAGAUAUACUGCUGCAUUUUAAACAAUUACUUUUCUUAGUAAAAAGAAGUAGUACAUUAUUUUUCCUGAAUGUGCUGCCAUUUCAUUAUAGUAAUUUCUUCCUCUGUUCAGUGUUUCUUUUCUUCUAUUUGGCUGAAUGGUAGCCCUGUUUUCCCACUGGCUUUUAUUGAAUUGUAAUGAUGAGAUUCAAUUGAUUUCCAUCUGUUCUCUCGCCAGAAUAUAUUUUCUUACAAAUGGGAAAGUAAGAAAAUAUAAAUUGUUUUAAAGCUGGUGUUUUGGCAGACUCUCAGUUAAGAUGCCUCAGUAAUAAAAGGCUGUUGGAAAAGAAAUAUUUGGUGUUAAUUUUUGCCAACCAGCAGCCAAAAGAUGCUGCGUACUGUACAUAACUUUACUGAAAAGAGAGGCAGCCUUAACCAAACUCCAAACUGAAACACAUUCUAAUUUAUGUUACUUUUAGGAAUACAUAAUCUGCACAAAACAUAAAGAGGGUUAUGGUAGUCCAGGUCCUCCCAUCAGCGGGUUCAUGUUAUUUCAUAGACACACAAUCCAGUAUAAUUCAAGCCAAUGGAAUCACAGUUGUAUUGUACACUAAUCCUUACUAAGAAAUAUUUUUUGCAACUUACUAUAAUUACAAUGGAGUACCUUGUGGAUUUUAUUGUAUCACAGUCAUUGUGAGUUUUGUCAAAUUGUAAAAACAAGCAAAUGUUUGGGAAAGUAAAUAUCUUCAAACUGUAAUGCUCUGAGAGACAGGACAGUCUUUCCACUUUUCAUCACUCCUUCUGAAAUAUAUACCCUAUGGUUUUGCUUUGAUACAGCAGCUUGAGCGCAUCAACAUUUGAUAUUUUUUGCAUGUCUGUACGUGCUAAAACCCAUUCUCUCCGCUUCUCUAUCUUGCUUUAUGUAUCGCCUGCCAAAACUGAAUGAGGAUCUGUUUUGCUGUGCCAGCUGGGGAGCACUGAGGAAUGCCAAAAGUAAUUAAUUGUUUGUAACAGAACUUAAUACACACGUUGUGCUCCGUGGUGUUAAUCCAUGGUUUGCAUUAAUGCCCUGGCUUCUUAACAUGGCAAUGAGGGUCUAUUGACGGCAUUAUUUGUCAAUAUUAUGUGUUCACACAGCAAGCAGCUCACUUAAUGAAUCCUUACUCUAUGUGACAGUUCGGGUGUGUAGGGGAGUGCAGUAUGCAUAUUCAACGUUUGAACAGGCAACGUAUGAACAUUUCAUGGCUUUAUGUGUCAUGAUAUCACAUCAUUCUGAACAUUUUAUCAACACAAAUGAUAAACUUAUCAUCAGCCCCAGUGGUGACUGCAGCCAUUCUUCAAAUGUCAUAUUUUAAGGUGUGGAAAGGAUAGAAUCAACUGUACAAACCAAAUUCUAUCAGUAGUGAAAAAGUGACAUUUAUUGUGUUGACCAUCCAUUUUCUGUUGAGUGUAAAACCAGAUGAGGUGUAAUGAUACACAUUCUUUUCUAUCCAUCCAUUAGCUUAUCCUUUUCAGGGUCACAAGGCAUUCUGAAUGUGUGAUGCAGACAUUAUUGGAGAUAUUGUUAUACAUCCAUUAGUGUAAGCCUGCUAAUUACAUACUAGGGUGUCAUCAUCCAUUUUCUGUGCCCCCUAGAAAUGUCUGUUGUUUUGCAGUUUUGGAUGACUGUCAGCAUUUCUGUAUUUGCUUGUGUUCUUCUGUAUUUCCAGCACGUCUUUAUGCCUUGUAUGUGUUGUCAAAUUGGACUAUGUGUGCUUUCUAUGAAUGCAUCAUAUCUGUUGUCAGAGUGGUAAAGAUCUUCUCUUCAUUUUUCUUGUAUUUUAGAUAAGGCCAGUGUUUCCUUAAAGUAACAUUAUCUGACUAUUUUACCUUGAAAUAACCGCUUCAAAAAUAGUUUUGAUGGUACACUGACUUGUAAUAGGGAGAAUCACCAUUACACCUCUUUCAUUCCCACUCCAUGCCGGAUUUAAUGGGUACCAUCUCCCUUGAAAAGUUCAUAACACUUAACAUGUCACUUUGGCACACAUAGAGUAACCUAGCUCUGCAGUUUUUUCUUUCAUUUAUCAAACCCUUUAAUGAAUUUUGUAUUUGUUGUCUGAGCAAUUGUUAGGCUUUGAUUUCUGCGGCUGCAGAGACUGCUGUUGUGGCUGCUUAGCAAACGUUACAUAGUGUUGCUUUUAAGUUUCACUGCAUUGCACUCUAUUCACCACUGAUUUCACCCUAAAGAUUCCCCUGAACUCCACUUUUACACUGAAUCCUCUCUGACAAAUUAAUAGAGUUGCUUGCCAUGUGAACACUCACAUCUAAGAUUCAGUACUUUACUGCUACGUUAAAGCAUUUGAUUGGAUUCUGUGAAUGAGCAAGUCAAAUUGCAACACAUUACCAGUGCGAUAGCUUUAAUAUAUCACAGUCAUGCAUGAAGACAGCAUUUAGUCUUUCCAUAUCGAGAAUGUGGGCCUAAGGUUGUCCAAGGUAUUUGAGGAAGUUCUUAUGAAAUGCAUAGUGCAAAUUUCACUUUCUUGACCAUAAGGCAUCUGAGCUUUUUAAAGUCAUCAAAUAUUUUUUUCUGCAGUUUUAGAAGGCAGCAAGUGGGCUAUGCGGAGCUGUGGACAUACUUUUAGCUUUUCCAUCCGCUGUGGCAAUUGUAGAUGGGAGUUACAUGAGGGAUGUUGAAGACUAAGAUCAAAGAUGCCGUGUCCAACUCUCUCCAACUGUUUCCUCUUCUGUUAAAACUUGAGUUAAUUUAAAAGUUCUGUACUCAGAAAGGAAUUACCACUAAGUUAACACUGUAUGCUGAUGACACUGUUUUGUGUUUGUUAGUGGAUGGGUGGGGGUGGGGAAGGGUACUGAUUAGGUUAGAUGUUUUACAGUCUGGUGUCUGAUAAAAUUAUUAACUGACUUGUUAUCGUUGCUUUAUGAAUCACAGAGCAGAUGUCACUUCAUCUGUAAGACUGAGAUUGUGUGAUUUGUAUUUUACAGUGAGCACUAUUUCGCUUCAGUGACAUGUGGCAGCUUCCAUUUAAAUCAGACUUCAAAACAUGUACUUGCCAAUAAAGGAAUAGAAGUGAAUAUUUUGUCUUCUCCCUCCAGGCUGAUGCAUUAAUAUUUUAUUUGUGAAUAUUGAACCUUUUGUGGGUAGGAACGGCAGGAGUGUUUCUCCAAAUGUUUUUCCUUAACAAUAAGAUUUUCUGUUCUUUCAAAGUUCCAGUUAAAAAAGUAAAAAAAGUUACAUUUGAGUAGGUUUAAAUAUUCAGAAAUGGUGAGGAUUCAAUUUGAAGUUAGUAGCAGAAUCAUACUUAAGGUUAUUGUAUGUAUCACUUUAUUUUCUAUUGAACACCCAGUAAAGUAAAAACAACAAUGGAUUUUGGUCUGACAGUGUAACUGUUGUAAAUUUCUCCACAUUAAAUUCUUUUGAUAAUGUCCUGUCUCAGGUUCAUGCGUUGCUGACUGAUGUGACUGCAUCUCAGGUAGAAUGCAAAGUUUAGGCCCCACCUAUCAGUGACAUAAAAGCAAGUACAAUGCAUCCUCAUCAAACCAAGUGCAACACAUAAUUUUAGAUCCAAGAGGCAAAAUUGGUGAGAUAUUUUGCAUAUAUGUUGUACAUGUUUUCUGUAUUUUUCUUAAUAUUUGGUGCACUGUAAAAGAUGUGUUAAGUAUUGCUUUGUGUUGACAUAGGUCAUAAAGAGUACACUGUUUAUUGGAAUGAAGCAGGAUCAGAAACUUCUUGUGGCUGUACUACUGUCACUUUCAACGCAACACCGCCUUUAGAAACUCGUUUGAUUCCCAAAAAGUUUUGAUUGUUUCACCAGUCAUUGUUUUUAGAUUAAUUCUUUUUGUCUCUCUGCUGUUCUUGGGAAAUGUUAAUGUGUAUUAAUGGAGAAAAGGAGUUCCACAUUCCCAUACAUAUUUUGUAUUGGUUCAUAAAUAGACAUUUUUACAAAACAAUGAAGAGUUCUUGUCUUAAUAAAAAAGAAAAGAUAUUAAUGUCCAAAAUAAAAAGUGUUGUUAUUGUUUUUUA